UGUGUGGUGUCAGGUCUCUCGCUCAAUGAUGAGGUUUCAAGUGCGCCUUUGAGAUGUUAUGGAGUCUGUAGAAUAUUCUGCAAUUUAUAACUUUUUCGCUUCGCUUUUAUUACGACAACUUUCCAACUUUUAGUCUACAAGAUCGAUCGGACCCGACGGACCAAGGCUACAGCUGGCAAAUUGAGGGACAAACCAGCUCUGUCGUUUUCUUAGGGGGAGAAGCGAGGAUCUGGGAACCGUCUGUGAGAGAGUUUCGUCAUGGGUAAACAGAACAGCAAGUUGCGACCAGAGGUCCUCAAUGACCUUCGGGAGAACACAGAGUUCACGGACCACGAGCUGCAGGAGUGGUACCGUGGCUUCCUGAAGGACUGCCCAUCUGGCCACCUCACAGUAGAGGAAUUCAAGAAGAUCUACGCCAAUUUCUUCCCCUACGGCGAUGCUUCCAAGUUCGCGGAGCACGUGUUCCGCACCUUUGACACCAACGGCGACGCCACCAUCGACUUCCGGGAGUUCAUCAUCGCCCUGAGCGUGACCUCGCGCGGAGGCCUGGAGCAGAAGCUCCGCUGGGCUUUCAGCAUGUACGAUCUGGACGGCAACGGAUACAUCAGCCGAGCUGAAAUGCUGGAGAUCGUACAGGCGAUUUAUAAAAUGGUGUCAUCUGUGAUGAAGAUGCCCGAGGACGAGUCGACACCAGAGAAACGCACAGAUAAGAUAUUUCGACAGAUGGAUACAGACAACGAUGGCAGACUGUCUCUGGAGGAAUUUAUCAAAGGUGCCAAGAGUGACCCCUCUAUUGUCAGACUACUGCAGUCUGACCAAAGCACCUCUCGACAGCUGUGAAUACAGAUCAGAAGCAGCUGACAGGAAAGCGCUCACAUGCACACUGAAAAGGCGGGAUUUAAUUAGGAAACGUAGUUUGGGUUAUUAAUGAUGCACUUAUAUAUCUUUCCUGCUUUAAAAAAAAAGUUUCUGUUGAUGGGUGGUUACCUUUUUCAUCAGUAUUCCAGCCUGGUUUUGGAAUUGGUAUUGUUGAGCUGUCAUGUCUGGGAAUGGUCCGAAUUUUAAAGAAGCCUUGAAAUCAAUUGGCAAAAUGCAGGUAUUUACACUUUUACUACUAAUUCUGAUACUGUUACUCUUUAGUGGCAAAUGAUUGCAUUAAUCAAAAAAAAGACAAAAAAAAAAACUUGCACGACCUAAAGUUGUCAAGUGACCUCAAAGUGUCUUUAAGUGAUGACCUAAAAAGAGUUAUAUUUUCACAAUUAUUUACAUUCCACUGAAAGCAGUAAAUGACUAGUCAGUACCAUGUGAAAAUUUCUGACUAUUAGACAAAGAUGAAGUUCUGCUUGUAAAUAUUUCAUUUGUUUUGCAUUAAUUCGAAUCAAUCUCAAAGAUCUCCACUAUUUGCAUGCUUUUGGCAUGUUCUAAACAUAGUAUUUGUACUAGGUGUUAUUUGUUGAAAGUAGGUUUUAUACAUCAUGUGGUGUAGCUGCAUUCGGAGAGGCCUGCUGUCCUGCCAAUUAUGAUCAUUUUAAAAACAUCAGACUGUCAUGUUCUACUUUAUUUUAAAAAAGAAAGUAUUGCUUCUUUUACUGUGUAACAGAACAUGCCAACAGUUUGGUGAAAUUUUUUUUAGCCCUGAAAGCAUGCGUUAAAUUGAUCUAAAGUGAUAGUAAACAUGCUUCCUUUGUUAGAUUCCUAUUUAGCGCAGUUCUUUUUUUCUACAAAAAAUAUUGGUUUCAUGAGCAGCAAAUCUGUUUCAUGGUUUGAAAGAUCAUGUGAGACUGAACAUUGAGCUUUGACAUCACAGGCAACAUAUUUAAAAUAUACUUUUUUUAUAUAUUUCACAAUAUUACUUUUAUUCAUUUUGAUCGAAUAAGUGCAGCUUUUAUGAGCAUAAGAUGUUUUCAAACCAUUUGAAAACCAAACUUGUGAAGAAUAAUGAAUGCCCACUGUUUUCCAUGUUUUUUGAGUUCAAAUGUAACAUUUAGAUUUAAAAUCUAAUAUACGUUUUUUUUUUCUCAGGAAACGACUCAAAUUAUAAUGCGCAUUGAUGUUUUAAAUCGAUUCAUGCAUUCUUAUUUUUCUGCUUUCGAUUUGAUAUCGAAAUGUCUUUAAGGCAACAUAAACAGACAGUUACACUUUUUACGUUUCUGCCCUGAAGGUAAAAAAGCAGCCAUCAGCCUUUAGGCCGGUCAUGAAUAUUUGAACGCUGUUGUCUGUGUGGACAUAUGGAGCAGAUAGAAUGGCAGACAGGUGGUUAGUUUCUAUUUGUCCUUUCACCAAUCCAGUGUCAACAUGAACAGUACAGAUGCUGUUGAAUAAUAGCUCCAUGGAAUGCAAUAGUAACACUUCACAUCAAAUAUACAAUCUUCAAGCUCUUUCUGUUAAUGGAAACAUUCUUUCACUCUUCUGCAUGUGUGGUAUGCCAGUGCUCUUAGUAAUUUUUUUUCUCUGUAAAAUGACUGUUGAAGUGAAAUGCCAAAACUAAUAUUUGUACUGGAUACAUUUAUAUAUUAGAUUUAUGAGUCAUUUCUGAUUUUGUAUAGUGUUAACUGUGUUGUAAGGAACGUUGGUCGUCAAAAGUUAUAUUGCAGCUGGGAAUGGGAUGUCCAGCCAUAUUUUUGUGAAGCCAAAGCAUCAGUGCGAAUCUAAAUGUUCCAUCCUUACAGUGUAUAUGUACGUGCAUGAAUUCUCAAUAAACCACUGAUUCAUAGGCAA